AUGGAAAUGGAAACUGAGGAAACUGGAGAUCCAACUCUUAGUAGUUGUAUUUAUCAUGAAAAUGAGAUUGAAGUUAUAAUUACACUGAAGGUUGAGGGGGAAAGCAAUGGGAAUGUGGUUUUUUCUAGGGAAGCUCCACUUGAACGACUACUAGAGUACAAUGGAGAUGAAGAUCUGAAGGCAAAAGCUGAAACAAAGGGUGAUGCAACACAUGACAUGGUUCUUAUCAAGGUUGACCUCAACAAGCAGUCAAAAACUCAGCUCAUAGGUCCAAAUUGUCCUGGAAUUAUCAAGCCUGGGGAGUGUAAGAUUUGA